AUGCGAAAAGCAAAAUGGCACCAUAUUGAAUUGCUACUCAAAGAAAACCCUGGAUACAAAGUCUGUUGGUCAGAAGCAGUAAAGAAAACUGAAUGUCAGUGCAGUGUUGGGCAGAACUGUGCGCUGUGUAAAAACCUUUUACUGAAGCGUUCACACCAAAUUGUAGGCUUAAGAACUGAUACUGCUCAUCACAAAAAUACAAAAAGUGUAACUCUGGAAAGACUCAUUCCACUGGAAGUUCGGGCAUCACAUUUUAUUUGUCAUCCAUGCUGGCAAAAGGCAGAUCGUGUGGCAAAAAAUUAUUGUCAACUAUCCUCAUUAAGAAAUGCUGAAGAAAAUGUUUUUAAAUGUGUUAACUGUGGCAUUAAUUUAACUAGAAUACAACGGCACAUUUUACACAACGAAGUUUUACUUGGCUUAGUACAGCAACGUGUUGCACCACAAGUCGUAACUGCUAAUGACUAUAUCUGUCAUGACUGCCAUAUGAUAUUAAGUCAGAAGGCUGGCACUGAAGCUUCCCCUGCAUUCUCUCUGGAACAUGAAACUGAACCCUCUGUGGGUCAUCAACGUGUUUGUGUAAAAUGUGGAUGCUCUUUAUUGCAACAGCACAGCCACACAAUAGAAAAAGCUAUGACUCAUCGUAUCCUACAUAUUAUUCAAAAUUGGAUUCACCCAAGGGAGGUGCAACCAUCAGACAUAAUUUGUGACGGAUGCUUCCGAAGAGCUAGAACAAGAGCAGGAGCACAAUUGGCUGAGGAAAAUUAUGAUUCAAGUAAUCAAUUACAAGCAGCUGAAAGUGCUGAAAGAGUUGAAAGAACUGAAACAAUCACGUUACCCCACUAUUGCAGAGCACCAGAACCAUGGACAACCCUUGUUGAAAAUGAAAACCAGAACCAUAGUUUUACUGCUGCUUAUAUAGAAGAUUUCUGUGAACUGAUGAAGUGUAAUGGUAACAUCAUUGAUUUUGAAAAUAUUGACCAAAUUAAUGAUAAUGCAUUUUGGUAUUGGACUGGGCGCACAAAAGACCAAUUUCGUGAAAUUGAAUAUAGUUUACCAUUCUUUAAAAAACGGUCUAUUGCCCUUGGAGCAUAUUUGAUUAAAUUAAGAACUGGAGACAGUGACAAAAGAAUUUCCAAAUUAUUAACCAUUUCUAGAAGUACGUUAACGAAACUAGUAAACAAAGCAAGAACAUUCAUGGAACGUCACUUUGUGCCAGCACAACUGGGCUUAGGCCAUAUUACGAGAAUGGAAGUGGCUGCUAAAAAUCAGUACAUACCUGAAUCUUUAUUUGGGAAUCCUGGAAGUAAUGUUGAAGACCGAAAAGCAAUUGAACUCACAGCUUUGCAACGUAGUAAACGGUUAGAGCGAUCAAAAGAGCUAAUUCGCUUGCUCGACUCUGGCGAGCUUCCCAAUUUGGUGUUUUCGAAUGAGAAAACUUUCUGCGUUGAGCAGUUUCUUAACAAACAAAAUGACCGUGUAUGGUUGAAGGGACGUGUCAGCGACCAUGCGGACGAACUGCUAAUCCCUCGACGUCGAGGAGCCGAUCAAAUCAUGGGCUGGGCGGCGGCGGCCGAAAAAGGCCGUUCACUGCUCGUUUUUCUCCCAAUGGGUCGCAACCAAGUCAAAAUAAAUCAGCAAAUCCAUCGAGACAAAGUAUUAAUACCGUGGGCACGUAACACGUUCGGUUCUGAGCGUUGGACUUUCCAGCAAGACUCGGCACUUCCAAUUCAUCGCACAGAGCAAUUGGAACGCAAAAUUGGUUGA